AUGCACGCCUUGGUGAGCGCCUUCCUGCGCUGCCUGGCCUUCCUGCUGCCUCCCUCCCGGCCGUGUGUCGGCUCCUGCCUGUGGGCCGGGAACCAGGGCGACGACACGCUGCCUCCGCGGCCCAAUCCGAGAGCUCGUCUCAAGAGCACAAAGCCUCUUACAUUUGAGGAAGUAGCAGCAGUGGCAGCAGCAGCAGCGGCGGAGGAAGAGGAGGCACAGGCACAGCGCGGAGGCUCCAGCAGCCCGUCCGUCUCGCCAGGUCCAGGCUGCGUCUCGCCGGCUGCCGAGAGCCCCGCUGCCCCUCAGGGCCCUGCACCGGGUCGGAUCUGGAUCGGGGGUCUCUGGCGAGCCGUGGAGCGAGUCCUCGGAACCCCCUGGGUGCUGCUCCGCCAUUACUGGAGCCCGGAGAAGGAGGAGAAGAAGAAGAAGAAGCGUCGACCGGCUUUACGCACCGCGCAUCCUGCCCGCGCCUUCGACCCGAGCCGGAUCCGAAGCGACCAGGCGGAGGAGGCUGCCGCUGCCGCCCGGGGAGGAGAGGGGGGAGCCGGCCGGAGCACCCCGGCUCACCCGGGCACCAUGAGCGGGUCCGUGGACGUCCUCUGUCCGAACCCGGUGGCGUGCGCCCCGGAUGCGUCAGCGGAGCUCGGCUUCGAUGAGGUAAUCACCGUGGAUCAGCACGCUGCGGUGACGAUCACGGUGGCCAUCCAGGCGGCGGAGGACGAGGAGCCCGACGGGUCCGCCAGCUUCAUCGACUUCCUCGGGGGAAGCUGCAGCGAGGACGACAUCGGGAGGAAUGACAAAUCCAGCGGGGCCGGCACCAGUGGGGGGGAGCUGGAGGAGGACAGCUGGCAGCCCCCGGAUCCAGAGCUCAUCCAGAAGCUGGUCGCUCAGAUUGAGUACUACCUGUCCGACGAGAACCUGGAGCACGAUGCCUUCCUGCUCAAACACGUCCGGCGUAACAAACUGGGAUUUGUCAGCGUCAAGCUGCUCACAUCAUUCAAAAAGGUGAAACACUUGACUCGUGACUGGAGAACAACUGCCUAUGCUCUCAGACACUCCAAGAUACUUGAGCUGAAUGAAGAGGGCCGUAAGGUGCGGCGUCAAUCCGCAGUGCCGGUCUUUGCCAGCGAGUCGCUGCCCAGCCGCAUGCUGCUGCUAAGUGAUCUGCAGCAGUGGCCAGAGCUGGCUACUCUCACGAAGGAUAACGGAGGGAACGAGGGAGGAGCCACCCAGCAGGAGCAGCUGAUGAAGCUGUUGCUGAAGGCUUUUGGAACCUACGGCGCCAUUGCUUCCGUCCGAGUCCUUAAGCCUGGGAAGGACCUGCCGGCUGACCUGAAGAGGCUGAGCAGCCGCUACACUCAGCUGGGCUCUGAGGAGUGUGCCAUCGUGGAGUUCGAGGAGGUGGAGGCUGCCGUCAAAGCCAACGAAGCCGUGGGGAGCGACGAUGGCAGGGCCAAUUUGCUCGGGUUGAAAGUGGUCCUGAUUGGCACCAAGCCGCCCAAGAAGAAGGUGCCCAAAGAACGGCCCCGGGAGGAGGGAGGGAUGCGCAAGAGCCGCUCGCUCAACAGCAGAAUCCGGGAGCUUCAGUACCACGGGGACGACUCCGCCUGCAGCUCCUCAGACACCGAGAGCAACCCCACGUCCCCGCGGCUCGCCAGGAAGUCCCAGUCCUGCAACAAGCUCAGCCCGACCACCGCCAGCAUCAGCAUCCAGAACAAUCACCUGAGUCCCGUCAUCUCCCCGCGCAACAGCCCGUGGUCCAGCCCCCGCGGCAGCCCCUGUCCCCAGCGCAAGUCCCCACAUUCCCACAAGUCUCCCCUGGCCAGCGAGGGCCGACUGAGCCCCGAGGCCGGGCGCCGCUGGGCAGACUACUCCUCGGACAGCAGCCUCACCCCUUCAGGGAGCCCGUGGGUCCAGCGGCGCAAGCAGGUGGCGUCUCAGGAGAGCAGCCCGGUCGGAAGCCCGAUGCUGGGUCGCAAGAUGCAGAACGCUGACGGCCUCCCACCAGGCGUCAUGAGGCUGCCCAGGGGUCCCGACGGAACCCGCGGCUUCCACUGUGUCGCUAUCGGCGAGAGGGGAAAAUCUGCUGCUACUCAGACUUGAUGCGGAGAGAGU